AGAUGAAUACCGCCGGCUUUAUGUAGCCGCUAAUGGUGAAGUGUUAGGUUUAAAGCAAGAAAUCCGUCUAGAUGAAGAAAGAAAAAAACUAACUAGGCCAGCCCCAAAAGCGGCUUUAAAAAGUUUACAAAAAAGAUUAUAA